GCCUCCUCAGUGACCGUGUGUCUGGAAACCGGCAACAAACACCUGCCACCGUCAGAUUUACACCGUGGGAUUGUAACUUCAGAGCAAAGUGUUACAAAAACUGGACUCUAAUCGUUCAUUCGUGGUUUUUCUGGGGGCUGAGAUGACAGGGUGACGCUGCAGGCGCUGAAUCGCCCACGUUUGUCAACUUGAGCAUCCCGUCCGGAAAACAACACUGUUAAUGCCUGAAAUCAUGAGUAUCCCGGGACCUCCGUCGAGGCCAACCAAUGGAGUGGCCAGAACGGACAGCAAGAUCAGUGCCAAGGCCCUCUAUGAACAAAGGAAAAAAUACUCCAACUCUAAUUUUAUUAUGCAUGAGACAUCACAGUAUCAUGUCGAGCAUCUCUCCACGUUCAUUAUGGACAAGACAGAGUCCAUCGUCACAGUGGAUGAUGCUGUCAAGAAACUGGUCCUUCUGGACUCAAAAGACAAAAUCUGGACUCAGGAGAUGCUGCUGCAGGUUACCGACAAGUCUGUCAGACUCCUGGACUGUGACACACAGGAGGAGUUAGAGAACUUCCCUCUCCCAACCAUCCACAUGUGUCAAACGGUCCUGAAUCAGACCCGUUACCCCUCUGUGCUGCUGCUUGUGUGUCAGGACAAAGAGCAGCACAAACCAGACAUCCACUUUUUCCACUGUGACGAGGUGGAGGCUGAGAUGGUUCAUGCAGAUAUAGAUAGUGCCAUUGGAGAUAACAAGCAUGGGAAGAAAAUGAGACUUCAGACGCUAAAGGUGAACCAGGAGAAAAUGAAGCGACACAGAGAAACCAUUCUCCCCCAAUCGGUCCCUAAGGGCCCCCCACCUGCUGCAAAGGGAAGAGUUGCAGCCACAAACACACAUGACAGACGAGCUUCACACAAUGACUCAGAGUCACACGAAAAGCUGGCUCAGCGCAUUGAGAAGGAUGUGCAAAUCCUCAACUGUGCCCUCGAUGACAUUGAGCUCUUUGUGGCACGGCUGCAAAAGGCAUCAGAGGCGUUUUCUCAGCUCAACCAUCGCAACAAGAGUAAGAAGAAUAAGAAGAAAGGACCAGCAGAGGGCAUGCUGACCCUGCGAGCCAAGCCCCCCUCUGAAGCAGAGUUCAUUGAUAGCCUGCAGAAAUUGAAGCUGGCCCUCAACCUCUUGGCCAAACUAAAGAAACACAUACAGAACCCAAGUGCGUCCGAGCUGGUUCAUUUCCUCUUUGGACCUCUGGAGUUGGUGCUGCAGAGCUGUGGAAGUCCUGAGCUGGCGCGUUCUGUAAUCUCCCCUCACCUUUCUAAAGAUGCUGUGGACUUCCUGCGGGGACACCUUUCUCCAAAAGAGAUGACCAUCUUUGAGCUGCUCGGGGACGGAUGGACCAAACCAAGGGCAGAGUGGCCGAGGGAUCAGUGUGCUCCUCCUUAUUACCCAAAGUUUCGUAACGGCUGGGAGCCAGCACCAGAACUCUUUAAGACGGCACCAUGGGAAACAGAGGGGCCCAUGGGUCCAUUAAACUCUCCCACCAGCCCAGAUUACAGAAGACUGUCAAGUGAAGACUAUUAUGGAACUCAUUCUUCAAGUUCAUCGAAUGGGUCUUACAAUGGAAUGCCCCACAGCCGCAAAUAUGCCAAAAUUCGCUACCACUUUGUAGCACGGAAUGCCAACGAGCUGUCAGUGCUGCAGGAUGAAGUCCUAGAGGUGAUAGAGGAUGACAAACAGUGGUGGAAACUAAGAAAUCGCAGUGGACAGGCUGGCUAUGUCCCAUUUAACAUCCUGGACGUGGUGAAGAUAGAUGAAGCAGAGGGCUUCUUCAACCAGCAGGGCUACAGGACGUCACCUCCUGGAACCCUGAGCCUUGGAGACAGCUUCAACAAGGGAAGAGGCAAAGAUAAAAUUAUGGAUGAAGUCAACAAUGAGUUAUUGAUGAAGAUCACUGCUAGUAAACAGCCACCCCCCAGGAAGAUCCGUGUGGAACGACCAUCCGGGAGCCAGGUACCGCUAACCUUUGAGUCGACCCCAGAGCAGGUGACCACAUGGCUCAACACGAAGGGAUUCUCAAAACCUACUGUUGAAUGUCUGGGGAUCCUGACUGGAGCUCAGCUGUUUUCUCUCAACAAAGAAGAGCUGAAGGCGGUGUGUGGAGAGGAAGGAAGUCGGGUGUACUCUCAAGUCACGGUGCAGAAAACAGAGCUUGAGAAGUCCAGUGGAGGCUCGGAGCUGCAGGAGAUCAUGAAGAGGAGGCAGGAGAGGAUCGACUCUGGCGGCACAGAGUGAUCGAGUGAGACAAAUCUUUAUUCCUCCCCUCAUCUGGACCUGCAGCAGCUUCUUCAAUCAACUUGUUGUUAAUUAUGACCUUCAGUAGGACAUGCUGAAAUGUUGUAAACGUUUUUACUGGUAUAUUUAUUUUGUAUCAACCAAAGUGUAUGUAUUCAGUGUUUUAUGAUGUAAUUACAGUUGCUUUUGUUGUCUUUUCCCCCCUGAAAAUCUGUGGUAUGAAAGGGACUUAUGAUAAAUGUACAGUUUUUGUGCGUGCAUGUGUAUGAGAGUGUGUUUCAAUAUUGCAGCUUUUUACCAAAUUACUUGUAAUUCUUUGCUUUUCUGAAUCUGUGCCAGAAAUUGUGACACAUUUUCUGAUAUAUAGCCAAUAAUUUUCAUACUAAAGUGUACAGGCAGGAUACAUAAAAAACAAGCUCUGUGUUAAGUCCUCUGGCUGAUACCAGACCUCGUUUAUGUUUAUAAUCAGGAUUGAGGUGUUUGCAACAGAGGCAGUGUCUUUAAUCCUGCAUGAUGAAAAUGACAGUAAUAGUCAGAUACUGUCAGUAAUGUGUCUGUAAUAUUUUACAGUGUAAACUGUACAGACAUGCAGGAAAAAUAAAAAAGUAAAUGGGUGUAUGUUGUACUGAUAAAAAGAAUUAUUACAAAAAAUGUGUGGGGUGGUUGUAAAUAUCAUGGGAAACACUUUAAAAAGAAUAUAAUUACAAAUAAACUUGGUAAAUAUUUGAUAUCACAUGGUAUUUGUUGUGUGUGUCUGUGGGUUGGUUAUACUACAGGUGGCAAAACAAAACAAUCCGUACUUUUUAUUGUACCUUAAAAUAUCAGAACAGAAUUGAAAGUACAAGUUUUAUGGAAGAAAAAUAAAUACAAAGUAUUUUGUCAUGUUGUAUCAGAAAAAGACAUCCCAUAAUAAAUAAAGGGCAAAACAUCACAUUAAAGAACAUACUUUUCAUAACUGCAUAACAUAGUAACUGCUGCUCUGAUAACUGUACGGCAUCAUAGUAAUUCUGUGAGUGCUAAAAGCACAGCACAGAAUCUGGCAAAGCGAAAUGACAAAAACUGACUUAAAGAACACUGAUAAUGAUCAUACAA